CCCCCGAAUCCAUAUAUAUCCGGCGGCUUAUCCUCGAUUUAAACCCCACUCCCCCACUCGCUCGCUCUCAGCUUUUGGGCGGCCGGCGGCCGCGAAGAGGAAGAGCGAGAGAAGGAAUGGCUCGGGGCACCGAGCGGUUCUUGAAGGCGGUGAAGCAGCAGGCGGAUGUGUAUUACAAGGUCUUCACGGCUCGGUACGGGCAGCAGAUCGUCGACCUACUGGAGCUCCCCAUCAAAGUCGUGCUUUCCCCGUUCACCCUCGCCUACGACAUCGCCGGCUCCGCUCCUCGAGGCUUCGGCAUCCCCGAGCUCGCCUCCCGCCUCUCCUUCUCAGCCAUCUUCGUGGUUGCAACUCUUGGGACCUAUGAUAUUGCCCUGGAGUUGGGAAGGAAGGUUAUCUGUCAGAGGAAUUGUCGGACAUGCAAUGGUUGGCAAGCAUUACGAUGUACCAUGUGCAAGGGUACAGGGAAGGUGCAUUAUCGAGUGAAAAAUUAUAGCCCAAAAAGUGGAGAGAGAGCAACUGCUGAGUGCGUUGCAGAAGCCAUUGUUGAGAACUGUGCUGAGUUGGUCCACCUUCCUGCUACUAUCGAUCUUUCCAUACCAUUGCCCUCCAAAGAUUGUCCGAGCUGUGAUGGAUCAGGUGUAAUGGGUUGCCCAGAAUGCAAACAUCGGUUGCAAGUUAGGAUUUCUGCAGAUGAUAUCAUGGAGCCUCCAUGGAAAGCAUAUAAUGUUAUGAGGAAGAUGGAUUACCCCUAUGAGAACAUUGUUCAUAGCAUGAGGGAUCCCAAGAUUGCAGCCUUCUGGUUAAUAACCAUGCCUCAAGUUUUGGGAGGAUUCAACUAUGAUGAUGAUGUCAAGCAGAAAAUUUGGUGGGCGUACAAGGAAUCUAUGCGGUAUGAUCAACUCCGAGAUGCGGUUGCUAAGCGAAAACCUGGUUGGGAGCACCUACAAGAUGCCCUCAUCUCUUUAGAUCCAAUCCGUGCAAGGGAUGAUCCAGUUAUCGUGAAAAACAUUCCCUUUUACAAGGCAAAGAAAGAGCUAGAGGGAGAAGUAAUGAAGCUUGAUGUCCCACCUCGACCUCAUAAUUGGGGGGAAUUGGACCUUCCACUAAAUGCAUCUUCAUGGACUGAGGAGGAUAUGAAAGAUCCAAGGAAGUUAUUAGAGAUGACAACCCUUCUAAAUGCCCAAAGAGAAAUCGCAGACAAAAUACUGGAUGCACAAUGGGAAGCAAAAUGGCGCCAAGACAAGUUGAAUGAUCUGUUAAAAGAGAAGGUAGAACCAUAUGUCCGGAGCAUCGACAAAGGUGUUCUUCCCCAAUCAAUAAUUAUAAAGUCCCAUGAUCAAGAAAACAAGAAGAAGACCACGCGGCGAAGAUGGUGGUUCUUCUAAAAAAGAGGUAAAGGCAGUCACACGAGCAACUUGUUGCCUCUUGGAUUUAUUGUUGUAUUGUCGGAGCCUUAUGGCUCACAUGACCCUGUAAUUGUGAGGCAGAAAGUGCUGCUUUUGUUUUUCCUUUUUUCUUUUCAUUUUUUGGCCCAUCUACAUGUUAUGAAACAUGCUUAUAUCUGUCAUUCAGGCAGUUGAAAAUUAGAUGUUGAUUUGUGUUGUCGGUUC